CCACCAUACACCAACACGCAGUCCCUACAUGUGCUAUAUUCGCCUGCAUUUGCAUAAAUAUUCGAGGCAGUAGGUAAAGUAUGGGUGGCUGAGUGAACGUGCUGCUAAUCCGCAGCUAUCCCCGUUUAAAUGACGCUUUUACUUCAACAUAUCAAAGACCACCUGACCAAAUUGAAAAUGUCCCGGCUGAGAUUUAAUAACCGCCAGCGGGAUGGGUACUCGAAGGUCCCGACGGACGACAGCGGCUUCUCUGACGCCCAGUUCGAGAUGCCGCCUCCGAAGAUACCUUGGAAAGCGAUCUCUUUAGCCACAUUCCUGUUCGUCGUUGGAACUACGUUGCUUAUAGUCGGCAGUCUCAUUGUCACUGGACACAUUGAUACCAAAUACUCCGACCGUCUGUGGCCUAUGAUUCUGUUAGGUGGAAUCAUGUUCCUGCCAGGAGCAUAUCACAUAAGAAUAGCAUAUUACGCAUAUAAGGAGUAUCCGGGUUACAGCUUCGCAGACAUUCCAGAGUUCGAGUGAAUGGUGCCACAGAAGAAUAUUUUUGUGUAGUUAACAUGGGGGAACCUCCAGUCAGAUUUGAUUGUGUAGAGGUAGACACCUCUUAAAGAGAUUUGUCUGUUGCAUAUUGUUAAUGUACAUUUGCCACUCUACUAUGUAGCAGUAGUUAUUUAAUUACACUAUGUUGUUGUUUUUCAGUCAGAAAGUUUGUAAAUAAUCAAAUAACAUGUUACUACAUAUUAACAAUAUGGACUAUAAUUCAAUUAAUUGUAAUGAUUAAAAUUUCUACAUACCUUGUGAUUAAAAACAUAAAAGUUAAAACUAACAUUUGUGUAUGACCAUGAAGUGCA